GAUAUGAUAUUGCAGUAAAUUUCAUAUAAAGUAUAGUUUCGAUAGUUCUUCGAUUCCAAAACAAUUCAACGGGCAAAAACAGCAUGUUGCUAGAGCUAAAGCAGAAUGUUUAAUAAACUACAAUUUAAUAAUUUGGUAAUAACCAACAAAAAACGAAUACAACAAGCUCGUGUGCAAACUAUUUCAAAACUGGUGAACAAAUUGCGCAAAUUAAAGGAAGGAUUAAAGAAACAGCCGGAUAAUGAAAAGAUUCAGGAACGUAUACGUAAAACUGUGGAAUGCAUGUCCGAGCUUAAGUCGCUCAAAUGUUUAGACGUCAUGCGAACACUACUGCUUCAAGUUGGCAAAAAUCAUAAUACUGUGUUGACCAAUGGCCGAGCAACGCCGGAUGAAAUAGCAAUAGCUAUGCUGGGCUUAAAUAAAGUCAUCCAAACACUUGUCGCAGAAUUUCAACUAAAGCUAGAUUUAACUAAUGUAGCCAAUGCGGAUUGGCGUACUGCAAUAUUGGAGACAAGCAAACGUCGCCUUAAGGUGCAGCGUACCGAGGAGAAGCGACGCAAGCGUAAAGAGCUCAAGGAACAGAAAGAGAAGACACGCAGUCGUCUCGAAUGGUUGCAGCAAAAUCAACCAGAAGUGCAUAAAUGUGAAGAAGAUGAGAAAAAUGAUACUGAUACGCCUGCUGGAAAAUGUUUAGUCGAAAGACUGCAAAGCAAAGAAACUGAUGAAGAGCUCACACUGAAAACAAAAAAUAAAACUAAGCCGGCAAUCAAAGUAAAAGCAAAAUCAAAGAAGCGAACAAGUGAGCAAAUUGGGCUUGAUGUAAGGCAUAAAAAAACCAAAACAGAUGACAAUAAGCAGCAGCCCACAGAUGAAGAAAAGAAGCCAACGCGAAUGGAUGCUGCAGCUCAGCCUAAGCUUAAGGAAACUAGGGAAAGGCAUAAAAAAUCCAAAGCAGAUGACAAUAAGCAACAGCCCACAGAUGAAGAAAAGAAGCCAACGCGAAUGGAUGCUGCAGUUCAUCCUAAGCUUAAGGAAACUACGGAAAUGGAAAACAAAUCAAUACCAAAUGAUAACCGCAACAAAUCCAUGGAAAUGGAAAAACAACGUCCUACUCAUGUAGUCGAUCCGUUUUUCAUAACAGAGUCGGGUCAGCCAUAUAUGUCAACAGCAGUUGUGCUAUCUGGCGAUAGCAACAAUGAAUCGGAGGACGAAAUGGAGCGCCAAAAUUAUGUGGAGCAACGUAAACAGAAGUCGCUGGCCAAAAAGCAGGACUAUAACAAUACGCGUUUUAAUGAACGUCUACCCGCUCGGGUGGCUAAUGAGGACGAGACGGAGCCCCGAAAUUAUAUGGAGCAGCGCAAACAGAAGCCGCUGGCUAACAAACUGGACUAUAAGAAUCCACGUUUCAAUGCACGCCAUCCUGCUUGGGUAGCCGAUGAACAGCAAAAGCCAAUUGUCACCAAUUUCAAAGGAAAGAAAAUCAAGUUUGGUGAAGAUGGGGACAUUACAGAAACAUCAAUUGCUCCUCCAGUGCCUACAGCGCCAAAUCCAACUCCAGUCAGCACAGAGGGAAUGCAUCCUUCUUGGGUGGCCAAGCAAAAGCUAAAGCCCAAAAUUGCCGUGUUCUCUGGCAAAAAAAUUAAAUUUGAUGAUUAGCUUUUGAAACUAGUUUAGUUUA